AUGAAAAUGUUCUACGUAGGUCUCGAUAGGGAUCGACCUAGAUCAGCCACGCCGGCUGAAAAUGAGGUGGAUAGAAGACGUGGUCUGUCUUCCUCCAUGGAGAAUCUGGAGAAACUGGACGAUGACGAUGCGAUAAGGGAUCGCUCCCCUACAUGCACUCGCGCAUCUACACCUACACCAAUGCGAGUGACGCGCUCUGUCGCUAGAGCGCAAUCUGCGUCUAUGUCUGAAUCGCCUAAUUUGACACAAUUAACGCAGUUGGAGAGGACAAAGACUCGUUCAACUACAUCUUUGAACUCGGAUAAAGAGAAUGGUCGUGGUGGUAGUCUGACGCUGGGCUAUGGAGACACUGUGGUGAGAGACUCGAACAUCGCUGGUUCGAAGAACUCUCUUGUCUCAGAAGCCUCUUUUGUCUCGGCUACCUCUGCUGCAGGCUUGAAGUCAAAGAGAGGACGCACGGCUUCUAGUUCAAGUGGGAAUAGUGGUGACAGUUCCAACACUGUCACUAGACCGGACCGUAAAAGGCAGGCAGUGGAGUGUUGUUCUACUGAGGACUUGUUUUCGCCUCCUUCACCUCAGGCUCAGGGUCCAUCGCCGGAGGAGACAAAACAACACGACUACGGCUAUUGGGAAGCAAUGGAGGAGUACAGUGGUGAUGAGGAGGGUGUUCUUGAGAUGAACCCGGAGCGCAUCACUCCUAGCACAAAGGUCGAAUCCAUCACAGACUUCCACGAGAAGGCAAUGAUGGAACUGGUAAAGGUGGACUUCCUCUUCAAGAAGUCCAAAAAUCUUAGCGGCAGACUCAAAGGAGCACUUAAUACCUCCAUUAGUGCCCUUCAAAUUCUCAUUGAAAAGACUCUGUCCCUGACUCCUGGUAAGGAGAUACAAACUCUGAGGGAUAGCAAUGUCAGUCUCAAAACUGAAAUGGCUGCUAUUAAAGCAGAGGUUGCCGCCCUUCGUAGGGACCGAACAGAAUGGACGACCAAGCUGAAACAGCUGGAGGAGCGGAGGGCUGCUCCAAGGGUCGUCCAGAUUGAAGCUCCUGCCGAACUUAGGUGGCCCUAACGCCACCUGUCGCCGAUUGUUCGCGGGAGUGGUCCGGAGCAUGGCCCUCUACGGUUCCCCCGUGUGGGUGAACUCACUCAACGCCGACAACCGGGCUUUGUUGAGGAGACCACAGAGGGUAGUUGCCUUGAGAACAGUGUGUGCUUACCGAUCGGUAUCUGGUAGUGCGGCAUGCGCCUUGGCUGGUAUGCCUCCGUGGGAACUGGAAGCCCAGGUCCUAUCGGAGGUAUACAAGGCCCGCACUGAGGCAAGGAACAGGGGAGACCGUCUCGCCCCAGAAGAGAUGGUGGAAGUGAGGAGACAAGCCAACGACGACCUAAUGAGAGUCUGGAAGCAGAGUCUCGUGUCGCCAACCGUCGGCUUUCGCACCCUAACUGCCCUCCAACCUGUCCUUCAAGACUGGAAGGAGAGGCGACACGGGAAGGUAACAUUCCGUUUGGUGCAGAUACUGACCGGGCAUGGUUGCUUCGGCAAAUAUCUGCACCGAAUAGGGCGCGAGGAAACACCAGAGUGUCAUCACUGUGGUGCUGUGGAAGACACCGCGCAACACACCCUCGAGGUGUGCAGUGCAUGGUCUUCCCAGCGCUACGCUCUGAUGCUCGUGGUGGGCCAGGACCUGUCCCUCCCCAACGUAGUUCGGUCUAUGUUGGGCAGUCGCAGGUCCUGGAAGGCGGUUAUCUCCUUCUGUGAGACAGUGAUGACACAGAAGGAGGAGGCGGAGAGAGCCUGCGAAACGGCGGCCCGCGCCGGUUCUCGCCGCAGUCGUAGGACGGGGGAUAGAAGGCGUCGCUAUGCGUGCCCACCCCCGUCUUGAGGUCUGACUCCCUAACCCUGGGUUCUUCGUUCGGUCCGGUCUGCGUACUCCAUCCUGGGCGAGUCCGCGCCCGUAUACAUGCUUUCGCAUGUGUGUGGGCUCGUCUGGGUGGAGAGCACAGUAAUGUGCACAGACUGGACCGGUCUCGUUGUCGUCUGUCUCUUUCUUCUCGCCAGGCAAAGGUGGAGGAGUGCGAGGGGACUGAGGGAGAUGGCGGCGGGGUGAGAAGAACUCGGGAGGUGCCCUACUGUAUAGUGGGGAGGGGAGUUCCCUUCGCUCCGUGGCUAUGGCGCUGUCGGGGUCCUGGCAUACAUACACUCACAUGCAUGAUACACACACAUACAUCACACUUACUCUACCCUACACAACACAUACACACACAGUCACACUUUCACAGUUACACAUACAUAUACAUACACACACUUUCACACACACACGUGAGUGUGUGUGUGUGUGAAAGAAGAGGCAGAGGAGGUGGCAGGCUCACAAGGAGUGCCACCAAGGUUGGAGUUGCUCGAGACCCAAUAUCGACCAGUUCGGCUGGUCCGUCAACAUCUCGGGAUAACGAGUCACUAUAUGAUUCGUGCAGUGGAAGAGAGGAGAGCUUGGACAGAACUAACACACGCUCUCCUGAGCUAGUAACACAACAGGACGAUACAGAGGAUGGAGCGCUGAGAGAGCGCUCUCCUCACAGAACACCAACACCGACAACUAGGUCGAAGGCAAGAGCUGAGGCUGUCAAUCCACCACCUGAACAGCUGGCUCAGAUACCUGUCGUCGAGAUCACAAGGUUAGACGAUGACUCAGUAAAGGAUGCGGAGGAUAGCGACCCCCCUGAGAGUAUCAGCACUACGGCUUCUCGAAGGUCCAGCGGUUCGGGAAAUCUGCGAUACUUCAUGGGAUGCGGAAAGAGAGCCCACUCUGACUCAAACAGUGCUGGCUCGGACAAUAGCGCUGGCACCUUGACCGGGAGACGCAUCGCUAAGAGGAAAACUAAGCGAGCGACUAAGCGAACGGCGGAAGAGAGUGAAGAGUUUGCUACACCCACAACUCCCGCUCCUCGCAGCAAGGCUGCUUAUCUUAAAAAGGCGCCUGCCAAAACCUUAGAUAGUGGCCAUAUGUGGGGUCUCGCCAAGAGCCGAAAUGACACACAGAUUGGUUCUGACGACGACUACGACCCAGUAAUGGAUGAAGGCGGUGAACCUGCUGAUGGCAGAGCUCUCCCGCCGAGAGCACCUGUCACCAUACUGGACAUCAACGAGAGAGCCCUGGAGCAAAUCAACAGGAUUGCGAAUGCCUGCGCAAAAUCGCGCAAUCUAAAGGGGACUAUGGUUAAGGAGGUGAAUCAAGGCAUUAAAACCUUGAAGUACCUCCUUAACCAAACACUGACUGUCUCUGCUGACGAAGAAAUUCGUAUCCUCAGAGCGGAGAACACUCGUGUAAGAUCGGAGUUGGCACACCUGAGCAAUGAACUUAAAGCGCUCAAGAAAGACAUGGCUGCCAGAGCCAUGAAUCCAGAGGGUACUACCAAGCGCAGUCAAAAGAAAUCCUUGACCACCCCUCCAAUCAUUGUCCAGGGCAAUGAAAUGGAUGAGGAUCUCGGACUACCUUCUGGCACACUAGGGAGAUUGCAAAAUGCCGCCCUGGAAACGGCCAGCAAAUAUUUCGAAGCAAGGCUUGCGGGAUUAGAGAGUCGACUUCCUCCCGAGAAGUCGUAUCGUCCCCCCCUUGCUGCGGAUAAAAGACGGGAGAGUGCCCAACAAAACGUCGACACUCAACCAGGCAAACCCUCCCCCUCGGGUUCAUUCGAAGGGGGGCAUCAGAAACCUAAGUCUGGUAAAGGCAGGGGUGCUGCGCUGCCUAAGAAGGGCGCAGCCCCAAAUCCCAAGAAGGACGUGCCUUCUAGUUCGAAAGAGGCUGGCCAGAAGAAGAAGGCAACACCCCCUCAACAACAAGGGACUUUGAAAAAAGAGGAACCGCUUUCAAAGAACGUGGUAAGGAAAGAGGAAUUUCCGCCUUUACAAAGAGCGAAGAAGCAGAGGGUUGAUGAGCCAGAGAAACCUGGCCCAUCCAAUUGUGAUGGUGAUAUUGACGAGAGUGAAUCGGAUGAAUUGGAGGAUUCUGAAGAGUCCGAUACAGAGAACGAGGAUGAACUCCCUUCUCCUAAUGCGAUGUUGUCUGCCGAUCUGACGAAUCAGCUACGGCAAAAUAGGGAGGCCCUUUUAGCAGAGGUGAAUUUUAUGGUGGACGGAAUGGAGGCGGUCAUUAAUGAUCGAUACUAUGGGAGAGGAAAGUUGGCAGACGAGAUCUGCGAAUUUGGUGGACAAGGACUGGUAGGCGUCAGGCAUUACUACCUGAAAGCUGACAAAUUGUGGGACAAGGUGGAAGAAUAUUUCUUCAAGUCAGGCAAAGCGCUUGAUGAGAUGAGUUCGAACAUCAGGAGGCUUAUGAGGAGGAAUAAGAAUCUCAAAUGUGAGAUUAUGAUGCUUAGGACGGGGGUCUUGAAAUCAAGAGUGGAUGAGAUUCUUGGGAAAAAGUUGAGGGAUGCUGGAUGUGGUACAGAGGCAAGAGAGGUGAGGGAUGUGACGUGUGGCGCGAAAGCAAGACCGGGUGUGCGUGAGCGUCGUAUCCAAACGGAGACUUCCGUGUCUCCGAGUACGAAAGAGGCGAUGACAAUGGUUGUGCUGUGUAUGAGGGAGCGUGGUUGCCAAACGGAGACUUCUGUGUCCCCGGGUAUGAGCGAUUGGCUGAAUGAACCGGUGAUGAGGGAUAGGUGCACUCAGGCUGAGGUCUUUGUGCCCCUGAAGAACUUUUCUGAUGCGGGUAUCCAGCAUGUGCAGCAUGUUGGUCAUUGUGAUGUUGGAGUACAGUCAACGAUCGAGAGGAAGAGGAGAAAGGUAGAGGAAAAGAAUAGAGAGGAUAAGGAGAGGAGGGUUGGGGGGAAAGAGGCACCUAUGCCUCCGAGACAGGCACCUGCACCAAUGGAGCGAGCACCAGUGCCAGAGGCACGGGAGCCCCCUUACACCCAUAAAAAGAAAGGGAGGGCGAAAUUAAAAGAGAUGGGCACGACUGCCAUCUUAGUCUCCAUCCCCCCUGAAGAGGAGAAGAAGGGGUCAAUUACAGGGAAGCCAAGCGGUCGAUACAGCUUCAGGAUCUGGGGAUCUCAGGAGUUAAAAUGGGAAGAGCCGCCACCAGGGCCUUGCUUUUAA